GUGGCUUUUGGAGAGCUAGGGUGUAGCAGCGGGCCGGCGCAGCUGGUAGCAGGAGCCAAGCAGCAGACGAUGGGGACCCAGUGUCCCAGGCAAAGCUGGCCCCACCCCUGGCACCCGACAUGAGCCCUUGCGGGGCCUUCAACUUGAGCCUGCUGAGCGAGGCCACCACAUGUGCAGCACUUGGGGCUCCCAACGCCUCGGCCGGGCCGCCAUCAGGCCUUGUGAGCAGGUCGCCAGCGCUGCCCAUCUUCUCCAUGACGCUGGGUGCUGUGUCCAACGUGCUGGCUCUGGCGCUGCUGUUUCAGGCCGCAGGUCGCCUGCGACGCCGUCGCUCUGCCGCCACCUUCCUGUUGUUCGUCGCCAGCCUCCUGGCUACCGACCUGGCGGGCCAUGUGAUCCCCGGCGCGCUGGUGCUGCGCUUGUACACGGCGGGGCGGUCCCCCACCGGCGGUGCCUGCCACUUCCUGGGCGGCUGCAUGGUCUUCUUCGGCCUGUGCCCGCUGCUGCUGGGCUGCGGCAUGGCGGUGGAGCGCUGCGUGGGCGUCACGCGGCCGCUGCUGCACGCAGCGCGAGUCUCGGCGGCCCGCGCGCGCCUGGCUCUGGCUGCGCUGGCCGCGCUGGCCUUGGCGGUGGCGCUGCUCCCUCUGGCCAGCGUCGGCCACUAUGAGCUGCAGUACCCCGGCACGUGGUGCUUCAUCGGCCUGGGUCCCGCGGGCGGCUGGCGCCAGGCGCUGCUCGCCAGCCUCUUUGCCGGCCUCGGUCUGACCGCCCUGCUCUCCGCACUCGUGUGCAACACCCUUAGCGGCCUGGCGCUGCUGCGAGCCCGCUGGCGCCGCCGCUCUAUAAGGCACCCCCUGCCUUCCCGCACCGACAGCCGCCGUCCCUGGGGAGCCCGUGGACCCCGCUCGGCCUCAUCUUCCUCAGCCUCGUCCGUGGUUUUGGCCUCUGCUGCCGCAGGCGGCUCACCGAGUCGUGGUUCAUCGCGCAGAGCCCGCACUCACGACGUGGAGAUGGUGGGCCAGCUCGUGGGCAUCAUGGUGGUGUCGUGCAUCUGCUGGAGUCCGCUGCUGGUGUUGGUGAUUCUCGCCAUCGGGGGCUGGGGGUCCAGCUCCCUGCAGCGGCCACUGUUUCUGGCUGUGCGCCUAGCCUCUUGGAACCAGAUCCUGGAUCCCUGGGUGUACAUCCUGCUGCGCCAGGCCGUGCUGCGCCAACUGCUUCGCCUCCUGCACCCGAGGGCCGCUGCAGGCAGCCCCGCAGGACUGCGCCUAAGCAGGAGCACCUGGGAUGCCAGUUCACUGCGCAGCUCGCGGCAGUGGCCGUAGCGGCUUUUAGGCGCGCCUGGAGGUUCGAUGGCUCAGCGUUCCGGCGCAGCGCGGAACCUUCGGGGGCGGGGGAACGGACUAAAACCAUUUUGCCAAGGAGCCCAGCGGAGUUACGUCCCGGCGGAACUGCAGCACUCAAGAGGCCACGCGGAGGCGGCAGAGGCGCGGAGUUAGCCUCACCGGAGAGUGCAGUUUCGGGACUUGCCACGAGGAGGUGUGUGUGUGCAGGGCACACUAGAGGCUGCAAGCACCAGGUUGGCGAGGGUGGGGGGCUCAGAUGGAAGCAGAGUUGUCGAUGCCGCCAGGACAGUCUGCAACCAUGCGCUCAUUAUGGUCCUGAGCUUCCCCAAACCACACCCCAUCACAGGCCUUGAAGUCCAGACGUCCCUCAACACCGCCCAUCACGGCCUGCCCACGCUCCACUUAAUAACAGCCGGGAAUCUCCAUCCACUCCUUAUCCUCUUCAA